AUGGAGAGCAGCAGAAAGCUUGAAGAUGCUAGCUCCAGGGACAACAUUCCUAUACUUUACUUAGGCGGUGAAGAAAAGGUACCGAUUUCUUUGUAGUACUUCAUUAUGAUAGUCAUUUCAAAUUUACAAUGACGUGUGCACCAAAAAUUUGAAAAAUUGCUCUAAGUAUUGUAGUGAUACUAUUGAGGACCAUUCUUAAGUCAUUUUAGGUAGUGAUUAGAUCAAAAACAGCAGAUGCGUUCAACAGAGUUCUGUCAUCAACAAACCUCGCUCAAUUCCCUGACAAGUUCCUGCCAUCGCCCAAAUUACCAAAGAAAACAAAGCAAGUGGUACUGUUCGAAGAUGGAUACCGAUACCUAGUCCUGUGUCUUGGCUGGAUGUCUCUCGCCGCUAUCGCGGCCAACAUGAACUUGUACAACAUGACGAAGCUGUGCAUGUUCAAGGAAGAGAACUACACCAGUGUCAAUUACUUUACAGAAGUCGAACACAACAAGCUAAUAAUGGCAGCAGCAAUUGGAACGGCGGUCGGUACAGCACCGUUCUCCUGGUUAUUCACACGAUACAAAGCCAAGUACCCAUUCUUUGCCGCUGGGGUGUUGUCGGCUGGGACCACGUUUCUGAUACCUGCUGCUGUGCAACAAGGCUUCACGUCAACUUGGCUUCUGAGGUUUCUACAGGUAAAACAAGUGUAUACAGUGCAUAGAAUUGCCAGCGUUUUGACGUCUUUAACUGGUUAAUGUUAAAACUGACUUUCAGGGUACGGCAUACGCGGCAGACUUCGCAGCUAUGGGUGUUUUAUGUGCAAUCUGGUCCCCGUUAUCACAAGCAGCGUUAUUCAUAUCUAUGUUAACCUGUUACAACUCCUUAGCCGUUCUGUUUUCGUCACCCGUUGCUGGUUUAGUAAGUUAACUAUCUUCACCCGUUGCUGAUUUAACACGUUUAUUACCUUUUUUCAGCUAUGUAGAAGUUCAUUUGGAUGGGAUACCGCUUACUACACGCACGUUAUGGUAACUGUCGUCCUACUUAUGACUUGGCUGUUAUUCUACGGCGACUCACCAAUAUCCAGUCGUUUUGUGUCGCAAAACGAAUUCAAUAAAAUACAAAAGAACAAGAGUUUGGCACAUAAAACCAUGAAUAGUAAAGUGCCGUAUAAAGUAAGUAAACGCUACAGUAAGCUUUUUAAACUAAGAAAUGUAACAAAACACAUAGAUAAGGUAGAACAACAUUCUAAAUCGGUAAUAAACAGAAGGCAAUGCUUUCAGAAGAUCAUCAGGAACAAGUUGGUAUGGGUAAUCUGGUUCAACGCAUUUAUGGAUAUAUUUUCCGGUAUUUUUGCUUUGACAUACGAACCCACGUACUUAAGCAAAGUUCUGCAUUUCGACGUCACUCAAAUUGGCUUUCUCGCUAUCGUCGGUCCAAUGGUCCACAUCCCGCUUAAAUUUGUGUUUGGUACUCUCAGUGAUCGCAUAAAGUAAGUCAGACUACUUUACGUUUUGGAUAACAGUUAACAUUUGUUAAAUGACAUAUUUUUCUUGACUAUUAAUUACUUUUAUGAACUGACGUAUGGCUUUUAAGAUUCAUCUCCGAAAGAAGGAAGAUGAUCAUGUUCAAUUCCUUUGCCGUAUUCGGACCUUCCUUAUCGUACCUUUUACUCGCCUUUGCUCCAACAGAUUACCCAUUACUGUCCAUCCUUGCCUUCAUGGCAAAUGGCAUAUUCUUCUCGACAGCUGGUGGCGGAUUCUACAAGUGUGCCACUUUGUGCUUCCGGCAAUACGCCCAUGUUGUAAUAGCCAGCAUGCAGUUCACUAAGGCCCUGACGAUGUUUUUGGGUCCAGUGUUAGUAAACGUCUUUGUUGUUAACAUUGGCAACCAAUAUGAAUGGCGCAACUUGUUCCUCUUGGUGUCCAUCUCCUUGGCUACAGCAAACUUACUCUUUGCUUUUAAUGCUACUGACCAACCCGCAGACUUCACUAGAACCGAAAUAGUGAAAAACAUUGAUAUUAAGGCACCAAAUAAAGUCAUACCAAUGUAA